AUGGCGGGAGAGGAUAUAGACACUAGUGCAAUGACACUAGAAGAGAUCAGAGAUUUGAGGUGGCAUGAUAAGUGUGGACUACCGCAAAUCACGUUCAGAGCCACAUUCGUGGGACUUUUGAUUGGAAGUGUAGUUCUUAUCUCGAAUUUCCAGUUUGGCCUUCAAACAGGAUGGGUCUCGAUGAUGUCACUUCCAUCGGCCCUUCUAGGCUUUACCAUCUUCAAACUUACUUCCAUGUCGAGAAACUUUACGGAUGUGGAGAAUGUGUAUAUUCAGAGUGUGUCUGUCGCUGUCGGCACAGGUCCAUUGGCGUACGGACUAGUUGGUAUCAUACCAGCAAUCGAGAAAUUCUUGACAAAAGACGAGAGUGGCACAGGCUCGCAAAUAGUACUAAGUUUAUCACAAUUGAUGGUUUGGUCUCUUGGCUUGGCACUCUUUGGAGUUUUCUUUGCAGUGCCUUUGAGAAAGCAAGUGAUCAUCAAUGAAAAGCUCCCUUUUCCCUCGGGCAGCGCCACCGCCACAUUAAUUUCCGUUUUGCAUGGUACAGACAUGUAUGAUGAUGAGGACAAACACUCAGAUUCUCACAGUUGCAAUUCCAAAUACUCUGAUGAUAGUGAAGAUACGUUUGCUCAGUGUGGUGUCAUUCGACCUCUGGACUCCAAUGGAUUAAAGGCGUACCAUAUUGAGAAAACUUAUCGCACAAAUAUCAAGUCGCUAGUGAUCACCUUUUGUGUAUCGGCAGCUUACACGGUGACUUCUUACUUUCUUCCAUUUUUGAAAUCACUUCCUAUCUUCGGCAGUACGAUGUCAAAGGUCUAUCAAUGGAACUUUCAACCUUCUCCAGCUUAUAUCGGACAGGGGAUAAUCAUGGGCUUGCCUUCUGUAUCUUACAUGUUGUUUGGUGCUGUAUUAGGAUGGGGUAUGCUCGCUCCGUUGGCAAAACAUUUGGGAUGGGCACCGGGACCAAUAGAUGAUUGGGUCACGGGCGGCCAAGGGUGGAUUCUUUGGUUGAGUUUGAGUGUUAUGAUAGCAGAUUCCUUAGUGUCUUUUGUGGUGGUGACUAUCAAAUCUAUUAGUCGUUUGAAUAUUUUCCGGUUUAAUGAUUCCAUUGAGUAUGAUCCAUUGAUUUCCGAAGACGAUCGCUUGGUUUCAGAAGUCGGCGCUCGUGCUCCAGCUGCAUUCGUGGAUGUCGCCAAGGAGCAUUUGGUAAGCAAUAAAGUCACAGUCGUUGGCGUUGUCUUGUCAUCUGCACUUUGUCUUUGGGCUGUGUCGGAUGUAUUCGGCGAUCUUGUGCCUUACUAUGCUACUUUCAUGGCUAUAUUAUUGGCGCUAUUCUUUUCUAUCCUAGGGGUGCGUGCAUUGGGAGAGACUGAUCUCAAUCCCGUCAGUGGAAUUGGGAAACUUUCUCAAUUGAUCUUUGCAGUGAUAAUUCCGCAUGACCACCCAGCCAAAAUCUUAAUAAAUUUGGUGGCGGGCGGAAUUGCUGAAGCAGGGGCUCAACAAGCGGGCGAUUUAAUGCAAGACUUGAAAACGGGCCAUUUAUUAGGUGCGUCCCCUAAAGCCCAGUUUACAGCUCAAUUGGUGGGAACAGUGUAUUCUGUAUUCUUGAGCAGCAUCAUGUACAAGGUCUACAAUUCCGUGUAUGAGAUUCCUAGCAAAAUGUUUCGAAUCCCAACAGCCGUGGUAUGGAUAGACUGUUCCAGACUUGUUACCGGAGAAGGUCUUCCGCCGCAUGCUUUUGAAUUCUGUAUGCUUUUCGGGGGCGUGUUUGGCAUUAUCUCGGUUUUGAAGAAUACACUCUCUUCUCACUCAAGGUACCACAAGUAUCUUGUUUAUUUACCCAAUGGUGUGGCCGUGGGUAUCGGUAUGUAUAAUACGCCAAACUUUACGCUUGCAAGAUUUGUGGGCGGCGUGCUCGCAUACGUCUGGAUGAAUUACGCCAAAAAGGGACAUGCUGACCAAAAGGUGAAGAUGAUCAUUGUCAGCAGCGGUUUGGUUUUGGGAGAAGGUUUGCUCAGUGGCUUUACCAUGCUUUUAACAAGUAUGGGCGUGAGGCACUGGUAG